AUGUCGUCGUCAGAACUGGAAAUCCAACAAAAAUUUUCGGAUAACCAGCAGGAACAAGUGCCCAAUGCAGAGAUUAAUGCCAUCAAACAUGAUUCAACGGCGGAAGCAGGUCAACAAGAUUUUGCCGCGGCCGAGCAGUACAAAAAUAAAGGAAAUGAUUUGCUCAAAACCAAGGAAUUCUCGAAAGCCAUUGACAUGUAUUCCAAAGCCAUAGAACUAUACCCCAACAGUGCAAUCUACUAUGCCAAUCGGGCGCUGGCGCAUUUACGUCAGGAAAGCUUUGGCCUGGCUCUGCAGGAUGGUGUUUCAGCGGUUAAAACGGAUCCCAGCUACUUGAAAGGUUAUUAUCGACGUGCGGCGGCGCACAUGUCCCUGGGCAAGUUCAAACAGGCCCUUUCUGAUUUUGAAUAUGUGGCCAAAUGCAGGCCCAAUGAUAAGGACGCAAAAUUAAAAUUCACCGAGUGCAGUAAAAUUGUUAAAAUGCGCGCAUUUGAGCGUGCUAUCGCUGUAGAUAAGCCUGAGAAGACUCUCUCGGAGAUGUAUAGCGAUAUGGAGAACAUUACCAUUGAGGAUGAUUACAAGGGACCUCAAUUGGAGGAUGACAAGGUUACUUUACAAUUCAUGAAAGACCUUAUGGAACACUAUAAGGCACAAAAGAGACUGCAUCGCAAGUUCGCCUAUAAGAUACUCCGUAACAUUGAUGAGUACAUGCGUGAACAGCCAUCCCUAGUGGAUAUUACUGUUCCAGAUGACGAGAAGUUCACAAUUUGUGGAGAUAUCCAUGGCCAGUUUUAUGAUUUGAUGAAUAUUUUUGAUAUAAACGGGCUACCCUCAGAAAAGAAUCCGUAUCUAUUUAAUGGAGAUUUCGUGGAUAGAGGUUCAUUCUCUGUAGAAUGUAUAUUUACGCUCUUCGGCUUUAAGUUGCUGUAUCCCAAUCAUUUCUUCUUGUCUCGCGGCAAUCACGAAAGCAUUAACAUGAAUCAAAUGUACGGAUUCACGGGCGAGGUGACUGCCAAGUAUAACAACACAAUGGCGAAUAUAUUUACGCAAGUAUUCAACUGGCUGCCAUUAUGCCAUUGCAUAAAUCAGAAGAUUCUGGUUAUGCAUGGGGGCCUCUUUUCAUCAGACAAUGUUACAUUGGAUAACAUAAGACGCAUCGAACGCAACUGCCAGCCACCAGAGGAGGGACUCAUGUGCGAGUUGCUCUGGUCCGAUCCGCAGCAAUGGAUGGGACGUGGCCCAUCUAAGCGCGGCGUGGGCAUACAGUUUGGUCCGGACGUAACUGAAGCAUUCUGUAACCUGAACAAGUUGGACUAUAUCAUUCGCAGUCACGAGGUCAAAGAUAUGGGCUAUGAGGUGGCCCACAAUGGUCAAUGCAUAACUGUCUUCUCAGCGCCAAACUAUUGUGAUACUAUGGGCAACAUGGGCGCAUUUAUAACAAUUACUGGUAACAAUUUAAAACCAAAUUACAGAUCCUUUGAGGCUGUGCCACAUCCUGAUGUCAAGCCUAUGGCAUAUGCCAAUAGCCUAAUGAACUGGCUAGCGUAGUCAUAGCAGCAUGCUUCCUAUGCAUAACAAUAGCUAAGAACACCACAAACUCCAGCACCCCUGCCCACGCUUAAGAACCCACAACCGCAUUAGAACGAACAAAAACACAGAUUCCAAAAUGCUCAUAGGACCUUUAUGCACACAGCUUGCUAGUUACUCUACGAUAUGAGUCAGAGUAAAGAACAUAGUUGUGGUAUAUAGGGUUAAGGGCAGCAGAAUAGCAAUCAAUUCACAACAAAUUCAGCUAUAUUUGAUACAAAAACGUUGCAUACAAGAAUGAUUAUAUAAAAAUGGCUUUAGAAGUCAGAUGCUAAGUUUUAUUGGUGCUAAGCAUCUGAGUAUUCACUGUACAGUGUUUGUGCGAUUUAAAAAAGAAAAAAAAAAUUAAAAACGUAAACAGUGAGCAAAUUUAUUAUGUUUAUGCAUAGCAUUUAAAAAUUGGCAAUAAUGUGAGACCCCCAUAUUCCACUGCAAGCCCCUACCUUAAAUUUUACUCCCGAAGGCUACAAUUCUGUAUAAAUUAAAUUUUUUGUUCAAUCCUUGUUUAUAUAAACUUACACA